UAGUAGUCCCGCAAGUUUCGCGAACCUAAAUUCUCAGACUCCUGGUGCUACUGGAGGUAUUGGUGUGCCUGCGUCUGCAACUCGCUAUAAUUUCUCACAAGGAGGUGCUGGUGCUGCUGAAGGUCAAGAAUCCAAAAUCGAUCAUGGUGCUUUUCUUUACGCUUUCUACACUGGGCGAGCGGAGAUUCAUGGUCCGAAUCUACCGAGACUCGAGCGACAGCUGCUUUCGGCGAUUGAGUACGUCCAAGUCGCAUUGGCAUCCAGAUUUGAGAAUGGGAUUCACCAUUUGCUCGUCACUUGCUCUGAUCUUUUAACAGUCAAACCGGAAGAGGGGAUAGUCGAUCACGAGUGGGGAAAGACAUUUUAUGGUUCAGGAUCAUAGGACUAUGUACUUUUUUACAUUUGCCGACUAUGCAUUAUGCAACAGGAAACUACAAUAAGAUUGAUUGCUUGCCAGUGCCUUUUCUAAUCACCCGUCCCAGCAUUACGCGAGGUUGCAGAGGCACUGCUGGAGGCGAUGGAGGUGCUCGUAUUAGAACUCGCUGACGCACGUACUUAUCUCAACGCGCUUUUCUUCGUGUUGAAGAAGAUAUCAAGCAGCGACAGCUUACCAGCAGUCACAAAGCAGCAAGAGCCGCCAUUAUUAUCGUAUUUGGAAGAAAGACCGAGCUACUUCUUCUCAGGAGAAAUUAUGGGGAUGGAGACGCUUGAUGAAGAAAUGGACAUAGACGGAGAUGCACAAGUUGCAGGAAACAAGAGAGUAAGCGAAGAUAUUGAUGAAGAUAUUGAUGAAGGACCAUCUGGAAGCAACAACGAGGAUGAAGACAACGUGAUUGGGCCUCAUGCGAUGUUUCCUGGAGCUAAAGUCGGCGACAUCGCACAGCUCAAGGCAUCCUCAUCGAAAAAAGAGAGAGCGAGUAUUUCCGAUCACACAAGAAAUGCUAGUGCUCCUUCGCCCAGUUCUAGCAGUAGCUCGUCUCUUCAUCGUGGCUAUCAACCGCAACUUGGUGGGAAGAAGACACAUGAAAACACAAAACCAAGCUGCUCGAACCAACAAGCUGCUCCUGGCUCUGCUCCACCUCGAGUAGUCAAGGGUCCACCCCGCGUUGUCGGUCUCUCAAAUGUCCGGAAGGUGCUCUUUUCGGCUGCUCCAGCUUGUGCGGCUUCCCCUGCUGCAUCGCCUGGGGACACGCGUGCAGGGGAUUUGUACGCUGAUUUCGUACAGAGGACGAUUGAUACUGUCUUGAAGAACACAAGCAAAAAAUCUAGAGAUGCUAGGCAGAGUAGGAAUACGCGUGAGUUAUCCUUCUUGAAGGAGUAUUUUGCUGGAGCUGGUGGAGGAGAAGAUAAUGGAGGAGGAAUAUUACAUUCCACUUGUACAAGUACAAGUACCACUACCAGUACCAAAUCCAAAGGGCGGUCAUUCUUCCGAGUCUUCCCCCUUCCCGAUCUUCUCGCAGCUUGCAGUACUCUGUUGGACGACCUUGCUGAUAAUGUGUGCGCAUCCACAUCGAAGGUCGUCGCGGAGAUCGACGUGGAGGGGUCCCUAACUGGUGAAGGGGUUUCGCCUAGCACUAGUAGUGCUAUUGCAAAAAUUGCAACAGCAACAUCAUCAUCUUGUUGUACUUGGCACACAAGCCGACCAGAGUUUUUACGGGUUUCAUUGGUUGCAAGCGAAGACGCAACAAAUUCUAGUGGUCAAGAGCAUGAAAAAAUCCGUGGUCAACAUGAGAUCCAGCUAGACUAUUGGCAAGUGAUCGAGCAGGACGAGAAGGAUUGGUCUGACAUCAGGGUGAGCAUGAAUUCAUUUGCUGAUACCAAGACUCCAGGUCCGGCACAGCUUCGAAAAGUAACACGUCGAAUAGUUGCUAACUCGCCAUCUUCGAGUCGAUCUCCAGGUGUGGUUCGUUUUCACGGAGUCCAAAUGUACUCUUUCUCGCAAGCACUGGUUGUAAUUUCAAUGCGAGAAGAGCAGCUUGGUGUUGGUUGUGGAGGUACGGCUACUUGUCAUUUGGUCAUGGUUCCAUUGUGGGAAACGAGUAGCGGUGUAAACCACCAGGAGCAGGACGAGAAUCAAGAAACGCAUGAUGUUGUAGUUGAGGACCUGAGCGCCUUUCUCAAGAAGAAACUUGUGACGAAAGCAGGACCACAAGGAUCAGCAGAUGAAGCAGAACGACUACAAGAUGAGAACUACGAUGAACUACAAUUUCCAGCACCUGAUGUCAAAGUCCGGCAAUUGCCUGACAUAUUUGCGGAUGGGACGACGCAGAUCGAGGUCUCACAGCAGCGUGGCGUGUGCACUUUGUUGCACGAAGGCUCAGGCAGACUUCUCACACUGGAUCUGGAGGACGACGAGUUAGAUGAAGAAGAGGAGUUCUCUGAUGAUGGAUUUGGUCUUGGUGAGGAAGAGGGCGGACGUGGUCAGG